CCUCAUGAGGCCCCUUCCUUCUGGGAAAAACCCAAACGAUCCAGGAGAGAAAGAUCUGCGCAUCCUGCCUGCGCACUCCACGGAAUAUGUGAUGUCAAAUGGACAGCAGGGAAGAACAGGAGAGAAGGACGGUGGGUCUGGGAACGAGGAGACCCUCUGUGACCUGCAAGCCCAGGAGUGCCCCAUCAGGCCGGAUCAUGGGCUCUCUCCGGUUCUGAAGAAUGUCAGCUGGCUUACCAUGAGAGUCAAGAAGGACUCUGAGGAUUGGUACUCAGGCUAUUUUGGGACAGCCUCUCUGUUUACAAAUCGAAUGUUUGUAGCCUUUAUUUUCUGGGCUUCGUUUGCAUACAGCAGCUUUGUCAUCUCCUUUAUUCAUCUCCCAGAAAUCGUCAGUUUGUGUAACUUAUUGGAGCAAGCGACGUUUUCCCUCUGACUUCAAUUAUAGCAGUAGUUCACAUUUUUGGAAAAGUGAUCCUGGGCGUCAUAGCUGACUUACCUUGCAUCAGUGUUUGGAAUGUCUUCCUGUUGGCCAACUUCAGUCUUG